AUGUUCAAGCUCGCAGUCCUGAUUGCUUCCUUGGCUUAUGCCAGCGCCGGUUAUGCUGGAACGGAACACACCUACGCUGCCCCUGUGGCUGCUCACUACUCUUCUGCUCCAGCCGUGAGCUACAGCUCGUUCACCCGCCAUCAAAACACCGCUCCAGCUCAUCAUGGAUACGCCCACGCUACUCCAGUCCUGGCUGCCCCUAGCCACGCAUAUGCCACCCAAGCCUAUGCCGCUCCAGCUCUCUCCUAUGGACACAGCUACGCUCCAGCCGUGUCCCACGACAACUAUGGAUAUUCCGCUUAUGCUGCCCCACUGGCUGCCAAGACCAUCGCCGUAGCCCAGCCUCAGCACUACCACCACGCCUUUGCCACUCAUGCCGUUGCUGCUCCAGUCCUGGCUAACCAUGGGUACAACUAUGCCCCGGCUGCUGCCGGAGCUCAUGUCCUCGGAUACAACAACCAUCACGGCCAUUACGCUUACUAAGGCCACCCAAGUCAGAUUG